AUGUUUAUUCCAACCAAUAAACUCUUGUGGAAGUUAUCCUUGAGGCCUGACAUUAUUUCAAACAACAUAAGGUUGCUCUUGAUAGAGUUGCAACACAUCAAAUUAUGGGAACCCAAGAAGCCACCCAGAGAUAUUGAUGAAGAAUUAAAGAGGCAGAAAGCCAUUGAUGAUUGGCUUCCAAUUAGUUCUUCAAGGAAUGCAAAGUGGUGGUACUCUGCUUUUCAUAAUGUUACUGCUAUGGUUGGGGCUGGUGUUCUUAGUCUCCCUUAUGCCAUGUCUCAACUUGGAUGGGGUCCUGGGGUGACAAUACUAGUCCUCUCAUGGUUCAUCACACUCUACACUCUAUGGCAAAUGGUUGAGAUGCAUGAAAUGGUUCCAGGGAAACGUUUUGAUAGAUAUCAUGAACUAGGUCAAUAUGCUUUCGGCGAAAAGCUGGGCCUUUAUAUUGUGGUUCCACAACAGCUUAUUGUUGAAGUUGGGGUUAACAUUGUAUACAUGGUCACCGGAGGAAAAUCUUUGCAGAAGUUUCAUGAUACUGUGUGUCACGACUGUAAAAAGAUUAAGUUAACAUUCUUCAUUAUGAUUUUUGCCUCAGUUCACUUUGUCUUAUCUCAUCUACCCAACUUGAACUCUAUUUCUGGCGUGUCUUUGGCCGCUGCAGUCAUGUCGUUGAGUUACUCUACAAUUGCUUGGUCAGCUUCUGCACAUAAAGGUGUUAUAGAAAAUGUUGAAUAUGGUUACAGAGCUACGACUAAACCAGGAUCUGUGUUUGGCUUCUUCAAUGCCCUUGGUGAUGUGGCUUUUGCCUAUGCCGGACACAAUGUAGUGCUAGAAAUCCAAGCAACAAUUCCAUCUACACCAGAAAAGCCAUCCAAAGGACCUAUGUGGAAAGGAGUGAUUGUUGCUUACAUAGUUGUGGCUUUGUGUUACUUUCCGGUUGCUCUAAUCGGUUAUUGGAUGUUUGGCAAUACAGUUGAAGACAACAUACUCGUCACCUUAGAGAAACCAAAAUGGCUUAUUGCAAUGGCGAACAUGUUUGUUGUUAUCCAUGUUAUUGGAAGUUAUCAGUUAAAUUUCAAGCCUAGCACAAUACUUCGAUUUAUCGUACGGAAUGUGUAUGUUGCAUUUACAAUGUUUAUCGCUAUUACCUUUCCGUUUUUCGGUGGUCUACUUGGAUUUUUUGGAGGAUUUGCUUUUGCUCCAACAACAUACUUUCAAUCUACAGACCAAGAAGAUUCAGCUUGUCUUGGUGUUGUAACUAUGUUUUGCAUUGCCCUUGGCCUAUGUUUGAUGAUUUUAUCCCCAAUUGGAGGAUUGAGGACAAUCAUACUUAAUGCCAAGACAUAUAAGUUCUAUUCUUAA